GGGCAAGCUGCACGUGUUGAUUUCGUGGACGUUUAACUGCUCCACGAUCAGCGUGUUAUUUCUGUGUAAUAGCUCAGUUUUAAACCCAGAAAAAAAAACAUGGGGAAGAAACUUAAAGUCGGAAAGACCCGAAAGGAUAAAUUCUACCACCUUGCCAAAGAAACAGGUUAUCGCUCUCGGUCCUCCUUCAAACUCAUCCAGCUCAACCGUAAAUUUCAGUUUCUUCAGAAAGCCAGAGCUCUGGUGGAUCUGUGUGCAGCUCCUGGAGGAUGGUUGCAGGUGGCGUCCAAGUUUAUGCCUGUAUCAAGUCUCAUCAUUGGUGUUGACCUGGUGCCCAUCAAGGCCAUCCCCAAUGUGGUGGCACUGCAAGAAGACAUCACUACAGAUAAAUGUAGACAGGCUUUACGAAAAGAGCUACACACUUGGAAGGUUGAUGUUGUGUUGAAUGAUGGAGCCCCGAAUGUGGGAGCCAACUGGUCACACGACGCCUUUUCCCAAGCUCAUUUGACCCUCAUGGCCCUGAAGUUGGCCGUUGAGUUUCUGAACAAAGGUGGCACCUUUGUUACAAAGGUCUUCCGCUCCAAAGACUACCAGCCACUGCUUUGGAUCUUCCAGCAGUUCUUCAAAAAGGUGCAGGCCACCAAGCCGCAGGCCUCCAGGAACGAGUCCGCCGAGAUCUUCGUCAUCUGUCAGGGUUUUCUUGCCCCAGACAAAAUUGACGGCAAGUUCUUUGACCCCAAACAUGCGUUCAAAGAGGUGGAGGUGCAGGCCAAAACUGUGAAGGAGCUGAUUCCUGUCAAGAAGCCCAAGGCGGAGGGAUACGCAGACGGUGAUCUGACGCUCUAUCACAGUUUCACGGUGACCGCUUUUCUGAAAGCCGAAAACGCUGUGGACUUCCUGUCAAAAGCCAGUGAGAUCGCCUUGGACGACCCACAACUGGAGUGUCACCCGGCCACUAGCGCUGAGGUAAAGGAGUGUUGUCGUGACAUCAAAGUAUUGGGUCGCAAAGAGCUCCGUUUGCUGCUGAGCUGGAGGUCCAAGCUGAGGAAAUUUGUGACCAAAAGACUCAAGAUGGAGUCCAAACAGCCGGACCAGGACAUCAACCUAAGUUCUGAUGAAGCAGAGGGCGAUUCAGAUGAAGAACCAGAGAAGAAGAAAGAGGAGGAGAUGGACGAGGAACAGGAAGAGGAAGAAAUGGAGAAGAAAAUAGCAGAGCUGAAAGCGGAGGAGGUGGCAGAGCUAAAAAGGAAGAAGAGGAAGCUGCUGAAGGAGCGGCGGAAGCAGAGGGAGAGGGUGGAGCUGAAGAUGGACCUCCCUGGUGUCUCCAUCGCAGAUACCAACGAUUCAUCCAUGUUCUCUCUCGCCACCAUCAAGAAGCAACAGGCGCUGGUUGACAUAUCCAAGGGGGACAUGCAGGCUGCAGACGCCCUAGUAGAAGGAGACGACGACCUUCACCUGUCUGAUGAGGAGGAGGAUGACGAGGCAGACAAAAUGUCUCUAGCUUCUGAUUUAGACGAUGAGGACUUGGAAGAGAUUGAGCAGAGACAGAAAGAGCUGGAGAAAAAAGCACCAAAGAAAGUAAGGUUCGAUGAAGAAGAGGAAGAGGAGGACGAAGGGCAGGAGAGCGGCUUGCUGGUUGAACUAGAGGGAAAGGACGAGAAGAAAGAACGAGAGACAAACCUGUGGUUCAGCAAGGGCAUCUUCUCUGAGAUUGAUCUGGAAGGAGACGCAGAAUGCGAGCUCCAACAGACCGAGUGGCUCCUGAACAAACAAAAAGAAAAAAGCAAAAAGAGGAAAGCUGAUGAUAUGGAAGAGAAGGAGGAGGAGCAGGCUGCUCUGCCAGUGGAGGAAAAGGCGGUACCUUCACAGGAAGUUGCAGAGAGUGACAGCGACUCAGAUGACAGCAGCGACGAUGAGAAGGAGAUUAGCAGGAUAAAACAGGCCAGUGGGGCUGGUGGGAUUUCAGGACUGGCUGAUGACGUUGACCUUCAGGUUGUUCCUGUAGAGAGCAUGAGUAAGAAAGCAAGAAUCCUGGAUGCAGAAGGCCUGGCACUGGGCGCUCAGAUCGCUACGUCUAAGAAGAGAGCCAGGGACCUGAUGGACGGCUCCUUUCACAGGUUUGCUAGCUCUGAGGAGCAGUGGGAUGUACCCGAGUGGUUCCUGGUCGAUGAGCAGAAACACAGGAAGAAGCCGGUGCCGGUCACCAAAGAGAUGGUGGAGGAGUUCAAACAAAAAUGGAAGGAGAUUGAUGCCCGACCCAUCAAACGCGUCGCAGAGGCCAAAGCCAGGAAGAAGAGAAGGAUGCUGAAGAAGAUGGAGCAGGCUAAAAAGAAAGCAGAGGCAGUCGUAAACACAGUGGACAUCUCAGAGAGGGAGAAGACGGCUCAGCUGAAGAGUAUCUACAAGAAAGCCGGCAUCGGGAAGGAGAAGAGAGAAGUUACCUAUGUUGUGAGCAAAAAGGGAGCUGGCAAGAAAGUGAGGCGGCCCGCUGGUGUCAAGGGACAAUUCAAGGUUGUGGACAGUCGCAUGAAGAAAGACAUGCGCGGAAUGCAGCGGAAAGAGCAACAUGGUAAAGGUGGAAAAGGCAGAGGAGGACAGUCAAAGGGUGGCAGGGGAGGGAUGAAAGGCGGUAAAGGGCGAAGAGGAAGAUAAAUUUGAAUCUGUAACUCUCUCUCACUGUCCUGCCUUUCUAUUGUUACACACUGCCUGGUCUCAUGUAUGCAUUUAAGGAGCUUUGUGAGCUAAGAUGCCUGCAACAGUUUGAGCUCCUUCAUCAGGUACACAGACCAAGAUGAAGACGUGGAUGCCCAAUAUAAGCAACCUCUGCUGACGUCCCUCAAACUCAUGGACACUUCAAUGUUCUGAGGUGAUUUAGAUACUGGUGGUCUGUACACAUCUUUCUGAAGAUGUAGAUUAUUUGCCUUGACCUCUGAGUGAACAGUUGAAAUAUACAUUACAGUAAAUCAAAUUUAAAGUUGUAACCAUGAAUGUUUUCUCCAGAAAUGUUGGUAUUAAUAUUGUAAAUAUUAUAUACACUUCUUUCCAAUAAAUAUGUUGUCAAUUGUU